GUGACCAUACUAGUAGGAUCGUAAAUUAGCCGGCGGGGCAUGCAAUUUAUAAACAUUCGAGCUCGACGCAGACCUGAGGCGUCUUAAUCGCCUUCACCAAUAUCUCACAAGUGUGACUGCAACUUUCACAUAAUGUCCGUCUUCUUAACUGUUUUGUCAGGUGGGAUCGUGUUGUAUUUGUUGAUAUACUACACAUUGUUUAAGGGUUCCCGUUGCAGAAGCAGUGCUGUGUUGAAAGGGAAAACUGUUAUUGUGACAGGCAGCAAUACAGGUAUUGGGAAAAGCACAGCGAUGGAUCUAGCCAAGAGGGGCGCACGUGUCAUUCUAGCCUGUCGCAACAAACAGAAAGCAGAAGCUGCUGUUUAUGACAUUCGGAGGGAGAGUGGAAACAGUGAAGUGUUGUACAUGCAGCUGGACUUGGCGAGCUUGAAGUCAGUGCGUUCCUUCGCCGAGACAUUUUUGAAGACUGAGCCUCGACUGGACCUGCUCAUCAACAACGCAGGCCUCGAAGGGACAGGUCAAACGGAGGACGGAUUUGGGUUGGUCUUCGGGGUCAACCAUCUAGGUCACUUCCUGUUGACCUGCCUGCUCCUGGAGCGCCUGAAGCAGAGCGGGCAGAGUCGCGUGGUGAACGUGUCGUCGAUGCUCCACCGCCUGGGCACCAUUGACUUUGCCACCCUGAGUGCCCAUAAGGACCUGGUGACAGAGCAGUCCAACUGGCGCGGCUUCAUGGCCUACUGCCACAGCAAGCUGUGCAACGUCCUCUUCACCCGUGAACUGGCCAACCGCUUGGAGGGCACCAAUGUCACCUGCUACUGCCUUCACCCAGGGGCGAUCAACACGGAGAUCUCCCGCAACAUCAGCCUGUGGCAGCGGCUGCUCCUGGCGCCUUUCGCCCGGCUCUUCUUCCUGGACCCAGAGGCCGGCGCCCAGACCACCCUGCACUGCGCCCUCCAGGAAGGUAUUGAGCCGUUCAGCGGACGCUACUUCUCCGCAUGUGCCUUACAGGGAGUUAGCGCCAAGGCAAGGGAUGACGGUCUGGCUAAGAAGCUGUGGGAAGUCAGUGAGCGGCUAUGCGGUCUGUCCUGAGCUAGAGGUUAGCGAAUGUUGCUCCUGGAAUAUGUGCUGCACCGUUUUCUGGAUUCCCAGUGUUGCGUGCAUGUAAGACAUCAAAACUCUUUGUUUUUGUCUUAAUACUUGCAACAAGCCUUAUCAAACUGACAUUGUUUGGAAAAUAAUUACUGAUCUAAAACACAGACAAAGACAGUCAGAUAUAGCAUUUUACUGUGCUCUUCUAUGACAUAUUUUUUAAAAUAUGUAAUCUUAUUUUUCCCUUGACUGAUGCUCCGUACUCUAAUGCGUGAAUAUUAAAAACGCCAGUUGGUGACUCCACACCUCAAAUCAGAAUACACUGUCAGUACUAGGGACAUUCUGUACAUAUCAGUCAGGCAAAUGCCUCUGCUCUAAUCACUCUAUGCAAUUUUGUUUUUUGUAAGCCAUUAAUAAAUUUUUAUUUCAAGA